UAGUGCCAUGGCCUUUCAAGCUCAUCAUCUCUCUUCUCUUCACUCGCUUCACCUCUGCAUCGCAUCUCCAUCAUGCCUAGUACGGUCGCCCAGAUCAACGGCUCCCAUUCGCCGGACCAAGUCUCUCCGACUUCGCAUCCGAUCCAGCUCCGACGAUGAUUAUUAUAUAGAUGCUCCUGUUUCAGUUGGAGAUGGCUUCUCAUUUGGCGGAGGAAAAUACUCAGAGGAGCCAAGCCCUUCUGAUGAGUGGUUUGAGAAAGGAAAUAUAGUGAAAGCUCAUCCUGUUCUUGGCUCUGGCAAGAAGGCAAGUGAUCCGAUUUUUGGACUUAAAAUGGGUGCUGGUUCCCAGGCCUCUGAUGAUCUUUUCAGAUGGUUUUGCAUUGAAAGCGGAAGUCCAGACAACCAUUCAGUUAUUCUAAUUCAUGGUUUUCCUUCUCAGGCUUACUCUUACCGCAAAGUUCUUCCUGUACUCUCCAAGAAGUACCAUGCCAUUGCUUUUGAUUGGUUAGGCUUUGGAUUUUCAGAUAAGCCUCAACCCAAAUAUGGUUUUGACUACACCUUGGAUGAGUAUGUAUCAUCCUUUGGAUCUCUUAUUAAUGAACUUGUCACCGACAAAGUUUCACUUGUUGUCCAGGGCUACUUUUCACCAGUAGUUGUUAAAUAUGCUAGCAGUCAUCAGGAGAAGAUUAAGGAUCUUAUACUUCUCAAUCCUCCUCUGACGGCCAAACAUGCCAACCUGCCAUCGGCGUUGUCAAUAUUCAGCAAUUUUUUGCUGGGGGAGAUUUUUUCUCAGGAUCCUCUAAGGGCCAGCGAUAAAGCUUUGACGAGCUGUGGUCCUUACCAAAUGAAAGAGGAUGAUGCAAUGGUGUAUAGAAGACCUUAUCUUACAUCUGGUUCCUCAGGUUUUGCAUUAAAUGCAAUUAGUAGGAGCAUGAAGAAGGAGCUAAAGAAAUAUGUGGAAGAAAUGAGAACGAUACUCACCGAUAAAGACUGGAAAGUUCAAACCACAAUAUGCUGGGGUGAAAGAGACCGGUGGUUGAGCUAUGAUGGAGUUGAGGAUUUCUGCAAGAGGUCAAACCAUAAGCUGCUCAAACUUCCAAUGGCUGGGCAUCAUGUACAGGAGGAUUGUGGGGAAGAACUCGGACAAGUCAUUAAUGGAGUUCUUAGCAGAAGGGUUAGAAUUUGAUGAUGCUUUAUAAUAGUUUCCUGAGUAAUCAAAAAAUGCUUCAACCAGUGAUUUUGUGCUGUCUUUUUGGAAAAAAAAAAGCAGUGUUCAUUCUCUCACACACAUUAUUCAUUUUCUUGUUUGCAUAGUUAGAGUUAAAAUGUACCUGGAUUAUGGACAUCUAAAAUACUCAACUAAACCGAGAAUGUGAUAUAUUUUCUUAUCUGUUUGCAAUUA